ACUUUAGAACUGUCGUUUGACGUGGUUUACGUGUUGUUCGAAAAACAAAUCCUUAUCAACUUUUGGCUAAUGGCUCGUUAGCCGGCGUUCGCAAAAGAAACCAUCGGCCACUACUGCUAGAACAAAAUGGCAAGUAAAAAAAGUAUUUUACUACUGUUCGACGUCGACGGGACUCUCACGAAACCCCGGCAGGUGAUUUCUGCGGAGCUUUUAAACUUCCUUUUGAACACAGUGAAGCCGGCGGCCAGCAUAGGCCUCGUCAGCGGCUCCGAUUACCCCAAGCUAGUGGAGCAAUUAAACGGGGAGGAGAAUACGAACCAAUUCGACUACGUGUUCUGCGAGAACGGUGUCGUGUUCUACAAGAACAGCGAGCUGAUGAAAUCGGAGAGCAUCUUGAGUUUCGCCGGCGAGAGCACGCUCCAGAGCGUGAUUAACUUCGCCCUCGGGUACAUGUCCAAGAUCCAGCUGCCCGCCAAGAGAGGCAACUUCGUGGAGUUUCGGUCCAGCAUGAUCAACAUCUGCCCCAUAGGCCGGUCGUGCUGCCAGGCCGAGCGAGACGAGUUCGUCAAAUUCGACGCACAAAACGGCACCCGAAAAAAAUUCGUCGAAGCCCUGCAGAAGGAAUUCAGCGACACAAAAUUAUGCUUUGCUCUCGGCGGUCAGAUAAGCAUUGAUGUUUACCCAGAGGGGUGGGACAAAACAUACUGCCUGCAGUAUGUCGACAAUGAUUUCAGUGAGAUACAUUUCUUCGGAGAUAAGACUAUGCAGGGUGGCAACGAUUAUGAGAUAUAUAAUGACAGUCGGACUAUUGGACACAAAGUGACAUCCCCAGAAGAUACCAAAAGACAAGUCCAGGAAUUGUUGAAUAUAGAAUAAGCAUUGACAAUAACAAAUACUAAUUAUACUUUAUAGGAAUGAUUGUGAAUUAUGGGCACUUUAUAAUACUAUAAUUAUUAUACUUUAAUACAGU